AUGAAUCGAUUUGAUUGGAAUAAACUUUCACCCGACGAAUUCGAACGUCUACAAGAAUAUAUUUCAUAUGCACCCAAGAAAGUAAAAGAUGUUGUUGCCAUUCUUCAACAAGAUUCCACCUGGCUAGCUCAUAGAUAUGAUGAGCAACUUGAUUAUCAAGGUUUUCGACAAUUUCUUGAAUUACUCUUUGACAAUUCUGAUAUACCAGAAGAUCUAUGUCGACACUUAUUUUUAUCAUUCAUCAAAAAACCUGCUGUUAUCAUAUCGACCGAUACAUCAUCGACCAUUGGUGUUCUUCCUAUUGUUACUGCAGCAAUACCACCAACUACAGUAACAACUAUAUCAACUUGUCCAUCAUCAACAUCAACAACAAUUGCAUCAACUAUAACAUCAAAUCGUACAUUUGAAAUUGUCGAUAAAUUACCAAGUUUUUCAUUUUUACCUGACAAAUUUUUCCGACCACGACGAGGUCUUACUAAUUUUAAUGAUGAUACCGGUACAGGUAUAUCAAAUGAUUCAAAAACUCGAACUGGUGUAUGUCGUACUGGAAAAGAACGUCUUUUGCAUCGAGGUAAUUCACAUGAUCAACAUCCUGAAUCACCAGAAAAUUCUCGACAAUCAUCAAGAAAAUCUAAUCCUUCUAUUCAUUCCAUCCAUUCAUUACACAAUAAUGCUAUAUCAGCUGUUCCUAGUGCUGAUGAUCCUUGGGUAUUUCGUACAUCUCUAUCACAAUUAUUAAAUAAAAUAUCUGGUAAUGAUCCAACACGUGAUGUUCAUCAUCAUCAUCACCAUCAUCACCAUCAUCAUCAUCAUUUACCAUUUCAUUCUCAUCAUCAUUCAAAUGCACAACAAGCUGCUAUGAUUCAAUCACAACAAGAAAUUGAUAUACAUACAGCACGAAUUCAAUUCAAGGAUAUUAUUUGUUAUUUUUCAUUACUUGAAGGUGGUACACCAGAACAAAAACUUGAAUUUAUGUUCAUGUUGUAUGAUGAGGACAGUAAUGGAAUACUUGAUAAACAGGAAACGGAUUCAAUCGUUAAUCAAAUGAUGAAUGUUGCUGAAUAUCUAGGUUGGGAUGUAUCAGAAUUACGACCAAUUCUCGAAGCGAUGAUGAAGGAAAUCGAUUAUGACAAUGAUGGUGCUGUUACGUUAGAAGAAUGGAAACGAGGUGGAUUAACAACCGUACCUCUACUUGUUUUACUAGGACUUGAUUCAAAUGUGAAAGAUGAUGGAACACAUUCGUGGAGAUUAAAACAUUUUAAUAAACCUGCUUAUUGUAAUCUUUGUUUAACAAUGUUAGUUGGCUUGGGAAAACAAGGUUUAUGUUGUACAUUUUGUCGAUAUGUUGUACAUGAACGAUGUGCUAAUCGAGCACCAUCUAAUUGUAUAUCGACAUAUGCUAAAGCACGUAAAGUUGAUACAACUAUGUUACAUCAUUGGAUUGAAGGAAAUUGUCCUGGAAGAUGUGAUCGAUGUAAAAAAUCAAUUAAAACAUAUAAUGGUAUAACAGGUCUUCAUUGUCGUUGGUGUCAAAUGACUUUACAUAAUAAAUGUGCGUCACAAUUAAAACCUGAAUGUACAUUAGGUCCAAAUCGUGAUCAUAUUAUACCACCAUCAUGCAUUUGUCCAGCUGUUUUGGAACGACCAAAAAUACCACGAACUGGAAAUGGUCUUAAACCAGAAGAAUCAUGUGUUGAAGGAUCAAUACAAUCAUUUCAAAUAAAUCCAUUACCAAGUACACAUCCAUUAUUGAUUUUUAUUAAUCCCAAAUCGGGUGGUAAACAAGGAGAACGAAUUAUGCGAAAAUUUCAAUUUUUAUUAAAUCCUCGUCAAGUUUUUAAUCUUACAAAAACUGGACCAAUGCCUGGAUUACAAUUUUUUAAAGAUCUAGAAGAUUUUCGUGUUCUUUGUUGUGGUGGUGAUGGUACAGUUGGUUGGGUACUUGAUGUUAUGGAUAGAGUACCACUUCGUCGUCGAGCACCAGUUGCUGUUCUACCAUUAGGCACAGGAAAUGAUUUAGCUCGAUGUUUAGCAUGGGGUGGUGGUUAUGAAAAUGAAAGUUUAAAUAAAAUACUUAAAAAAAUUUCACUAGCACCGGUGAUCAUGCUCGAUCGAUGGCAAAUUGAAUUUAGUACACGAACAGAUACAGACGAAAAAGGCGAUGAUAUUCCAUAUAAUAUAAUUAAUAAUUAUUUUUCUAUCGGUGUUGAUGCUUCCAUUGCUCAUCGAUUUCAUUUAAUGCGUGAAAAACAUCCAGAAAAAUUUAGUAGCAGAAUGAAAAAUAGAUUAUGGUAUCUAGAAUUUGGUACAUCAGAAGCUAUUUUUUCUACAUGUAAAAAUUUACAUGAAGAUAUUGAUAUAAUGUGUGAUGGUGUUUCUUUGGAUUUAUCAAAUGGACCAUCUUUAGAAGGCAUCGCAUUAUUAAAUAUUCCAAGUAUUUACGGUGGAAUAUCUUUAUGGGGUGAAGGACAUAGACAUAAAAAUCGUAAAACUCCAUUAAAAUUACAACGUAAAGAUUCUGAAUACUCUACGAGUUCAACGUCAGAUAUAGCAUUUGUUUUACAAGAUAUUGGCGACAAAUUAAUUGAAGUUGUUGGUGUACAAUCAGCUAUUCAUGCGGGUUCUAUUUAUGCUGGUGUUCGAUCAAGUGCUAAACGACUUGGUCAAUGUUCAUCAGUGGUUAUCAGAACUCGCAAAAGUUUCCCGAUGCAAAUCGAUGGUGAACCUUGGCUUCAACCACCAUGUACGAUUUCAAUAACACAUAAAAAUCAAGUUCCGAUGUUAAUGGCACCACGAAAAGAACGUAAAAAUAGUUUAUGGCGUUUAUUUAAAAAAUAA